AAAGACCAAUAACAUUCGACCCAUUCUUCAGUAGGUGGCGGUAAAACUUCUAAAGUUGUUUGCUAAUCACCAGAAAGAGAAGAAGAAGAAGAGGCAAAGCCGCAGCAUGGCGGCUGACAUGAGAUUACCUGUUAUCCGAAAACCAGUAUCGCUAUCAAUUCCUGCUUUUAACCGAAGAGAUCUGGUCGUCCCCGGCGAUGUGAUCACUUCAGACACUGGGUUCAUGAGGGGUCACGGUACCUAUGUUGAUGAGGAGAAACUGACUGCUUCAGUUGCUGGAGAGGUGCAGAGAGUAGAUAAAUUAAUCUGUGUCAGACCACUUAAGACCAGGUUCAACGGUGAGGUUGGCGAUGUGGUGGUUGGCAGAAUCACAGAGGUGCAACAGAAACGGUGGAAGGUGGAGACGAACUCCCGGCUGGACUCUGUCCUCUUGUUGUCUUCCGUCAAUCUGCCUGGAGGAGAGCUGAGGAGAAGAUCGGCAGAAGAUGAGCUCACCAUGAGAGAAUACCUUCAGGAGGGCGAUCUCAUCAGUGCUGAGGUGCAGUCUGUCUUCUCAGAUGGAGCCUUAUCACUUCACACCCGCAGUUUAAAGUAUGGAAAACUGGGUCAAGGAGUGCUGGUACAGCUUUCUCCCUCUCUGAUCAAAAGGCAGAAAACACAUUUCCACAACCUGCCAUGUGGUGCAUCCAUCAUCCUCGGCAAUAACGGCUUUGUGUGGCUGUAUCCCACACCAGGACAGCAAGAAGAGGAGGCUGGGGGCUUCUACACCAGCCUUGAGCCCGUUAGUCUGUCAGAUCGAGAGGUUAUCUCACGAUUGAGAAACUGCCUACUGGCUUUGGCUGCACACAAGUUCCUCUUGUUUGACACCAGUGUUCUCUAUUGCUACGAAUCUUCACUUCAACACCAGGUCAAGGACAUCUUGAAACCAGAAGUGAUGGAGGAGAUUGUGAUGCUGACACAACAGAAGCUGUUGGAACAAGAAGGUUAAAGAGCAUGAAUCCAAACAGUGGCCUCAGAAAACCAAGAUCACACCAGCAGCUAUGUCAGGGACUGCCCACCUACCUACCUGAGGACUGAACUGGCUUAAAAAAAAAUUGUAUGUUUCUAAUUAACUUUAUGAAACAAAAUGGUUUAUUGUUGUUUGACUGCUAAUGAAAAUCAACUGUAAUUUGUAACUCCUAAAAUACUGCAGCAUUCAGAAAUCACUUGUGCAGCUGUUCUUCAGUUUUUACUGUUUUACAUUUUCAGAUUUACAGUGGAACACUUUUGAUAAUGUGUGAUAUUGUACAAAAACACUGUUGUAUGAAAUACAUUUUCUAUCAUUUUCAAUA